CAAAAAAACUUAACUUUAGUGUUCUGUUGUCUGAGAUCAAAACCUACAGUAAUUAAGUACAUAAAUCUCCUGCAAUGAGAAAGCCAGACCAAACUGGGAGAGAAAAAGUUUGCAGUGAUAAUGCUGUUAGUAAAGGAAUAAUGUUGAAGGUUCGAAAGGGGUUAUGGUCACCUGAAGAAGACCAGAAGUUGAUCGAUUACAUGUUGAAGAAUGGACAAGGUUGUUGGACCGAUAUAGCCAGGAAUGCUGGGCUUCAAAGAUGCGGAAAGAGUUGCCGCCUUCGUUGGAUCAAUUACCUGAGACCCGAUCUCAAGCGUGGCUCAUUUUCUCCUGAAGAACAAGACAUGAUUCUUCAUUUGCAUUCGAUUCUUGGCAAUAGGUGGUCACAAAUAGCUGCACGUCUUCCAGGAAGGACAGAUAACGAAAUAAAAAAUUUCUGGAACUCAACAAUAAAGAAAAGGUUGAAGACCAACAUGAGUGACGCCUCCACAACCUCGACAGAUAAUAGUAUUGGCGAGUUGUCUUUAGACGCAAGCACAGGAGGGGAUGGUAUGUUCAUGUCGAUCCAUGACUAUGAGAUCAUGACCAUGUGCAUCGACUCAUGUUUGACAUCGCAGAAUAGAUCAUUAUCAAUGCAUAAUAAUCCGCCUAUGAUCAUGGAGGGUCAUGACUAUAUCGGUCAUUUGCCACCAUUGAUAAUUGAUAACAACAACUGUGACACAAAUGGUGGAUCAAGUUUCUUGAACAUCUCCGGAUGUGGGGAUUAUGUUGAAGAACCGAACAUGUUUGGAAUGGAAAGUGGCAUUACUAACCCUGCAAUGAUCAACAGGGUGAUUAAAGGGGAUGUUAGUGCUACUAUUGAUCAUCAUCAUGCGUUGGAUAAAAAAUCAACCCAUGUUAAUCACCAUUUCAAUGGGGGUAGUGAUGGAAAUAUCAAAGUGGAGGAGGUGGUUGGGUUUGGAAAUCAUUGGCCAGGAGAAAGCUUCAGGAUUGGAGAAUGGGAUUUGGAGGGUUUUUUUCCCAAUGUUUCUUCAAUACCUCAUCUUGAUUUCUAGAACACAUAUGGCCAUGUACCCCACCCUUUCUUUUCAUAUCAUCUUUAUUUUUGACAAAGGUUCGUAAAUCAAGAUUUUGGGUACAGAGGUAUUUGUAAUGUCACCGAAAAUGUCAGGAAAUCGGUACGCAUCGAUAGUAAUAUCAAUCUUUGAUCUUGCAAGAAAAAUGUGAAUAGUCCAAGUGUAAAAGAAAAUAAAAACGGGGUUAAUUUGGAUGCUGAAUAGUCAAAGUUGUAGCAUUUGUGUAGAAUACAUAAAGGAGUUGUUUUAGGAGACGAGGGGAGGCAUAAAAGAUUAUAGAAAAUUAUGUACAAUUGAAACGAAGUGAAAAGUACAAGUUUGUUAAUCUGAGAUUGUUUUGUAAGUGUGUAAUCAGCAACUACUGAAAUAUAUAGGAACAUAGUACUCUUUCUGUAUGCACAUCUUUUGUACAAUCGUGUUACUAUUAAUUUGAUACAAGGUCAUUGUUAUAUAUUCUGUAUGUAUGUGCUUGAGUUUGUAUCUCGUGAUAUUGUGUACAUACAUUU